GUGGGUAAACACACACUCUGCAUGGUGGUGUGUGUGUCUGUGUGUGUCUGUGUAUGUGUGACAGUGGUUUCAGACAGUUGUCAGACACACACACUCAGUGUCCGGUCACCAUGCUGUGCGCUCGGAUGUGGAGACGCCAGGUUCCUCUCCUGUGCAGCCGAGGAUCGUGGGUUCGAUCCCGGAGCCACGUCGCCGCUGGAGCCGCUGCCAGGCUGGACCUCAGCGGCAUCUACCCCCCCAUCGCGACCCCCUUCACCGCCGGGGAGGACGUGGACCACCGGGCGCUGGAGGGCAACCUGCAGAAGUAUGCCCGGAUCCCGUUUAAAGGUCUGGUGGUGCAGGGCUCCAACGGAGAGUACCCCUACCUGACGGAGGAGGAGCGGGUGGAGGUGGUGAAGACGGUCAGACGCUCGCUGCCCGCCGGCAAACUGCUGAUGGCCGGAUCAGGCUGUGAAUCCACCCGAGCCACGCUGCAGCUCACGGAGAAGAUGGCGGCGGCCGGCGCCGACGUCGUCCUGGUGGUGAAUCCCUGCUUCUACAAGGGGAAGAUGGACGCUCGCGCUCUGAUCCAGCACUUCACUAAGGUGGCGGACAGCAGUGCGGUGCCGGUGGUGCUCUACAGCGUUCCGGCCAACACCGGACUGGAGCUGCCGCUGGACGCCGUCGUGCAUCUGUCUCAGCAUCCGAACAUCGUGGGCCUGAAGGACAGCGGAGGAGACAUCACGCGGCUCGGCCUGAUUGUUCACAGAACCAAGGAGCAGGACUUCCAGGUGCUGGCGGGCUCGGCCGGGUUCCUCAUGGCGGCCUACUGCGUCGGUGCGGUUGGGGGCGUGUGUGCGCUGGCGAACGUCCUGGGCCCCGAGCUGUGCGAGCUGGAGCGUCUGUGUGUGUCCGGCCUCUGGGAGGACGCCAGAGUCCUGCAGCAGCGCCUCAUCGAGCCCAACGCCGCCGUGACCAGGAAGUUGGGAGUUCCCGCCCUCAAACAGGCGAUGGAGUGGUUUGGUUUCCACGGCGGCGCCUGUCGCUCGCCGCUGCAGCCGCUGAGCGAGGCCGAGACGCAGCAGCUGAGAGGAGACUUCACGUCCAACGGCUGGCUGUGAGCUGUGUGUGUCUGUGUGUGUGUGUGUGUGUGUGUGUGUGUGUGUGUGUGAGAGAGAGUGUGUGUGUCUUCACUUGUAUCUGUUCAGUCCUCAGGUCCGUGUGACACGUGGUCGACGAACAGCAAGAGAAUAAAUCUGAUUCUGCCUCACAGCUCAAAAAUCUCCCAAUAAAUCAACUUUCUUCUGAUUUGAAGUUAACGUGUAAAAUUAAAUAACUGCAACUUUAAUUUUACUUUAUGUUAACGAUUCAAUGUGUUUUACGUGUUCUGCCUCUUCAUUAAUGUCUGUGUCAGAAAAUCACAUUUAAAUGUUCAGGAGGAAUUGUUGUUGAAGAAGUGAUGAUGAAUCGAUCUGUGUGCGACUCGCUGCUCAAACAAUAAUAAAACACACAAUAAGCAACACAA